GCGCGGCCUUGUGGGUAACGCGGGGCCGCCAGGUGACGGCUCACGGCGGCGGCCGCUUGACGCGGGUGGUCGAUCGUCCGAGCGGGGCGGAAGGGGCGCAGUCGGGGAGAUCGGGGGUCACCGGAGCCGCCGGACCUGACGCGUGAUGGACAGGCCGGGAGCGGCGGCUUCGGGCUGCGAAAGCGCUGCGGGUCCCGGGCCGGGACCGGGCGCCAGCUGGAGACCCGCUCGUGUUGCGGGGGGCGCUUCCGGCAGUUCCCGACACCCCAGCAUGGAGACCCUGGACAGCCCCGCAGGGUCGCACGUGGAGUGGUGCAAGCAGCUCAUCGCGGCCACGAUCUCCACACAGAUGUCGGGCUCGGUGACGUCAGAAAACGUGUCCAGGGAUUACAAGGAGCUACAGGAAGAACACAAUGGCUACCCUUCUGCAGCUGAAGCUGAUCAGGCUCUGAGGGAUGGAAAUAAACUGGCGCAGAUGGAGGAAGCUCCUCUUUUCCCGGGGGAGUCCAUUAAGGCCAUCGUGAAGGACGUCAUCUACAUCUGCCCGUUCUCGGGAGCCGUGAGUGGGACCCUGACCGUGACGGACUUCAAAAUGUUCUUCAAGAACGUGGAGAGGGACCCGCAUUUCAUCCUCGACGUCCCGCUUGGAGUUAUCAGCAGAGUGGAGAAGAUCGGCGCCCAGAGCCACGGGGACAAUUCCUGCGGUAUAGAGAUUGUGUGCAAGGACAUGAGGAACCUGAGACUCGCGUAUAAGCAGGAAGAACAGAGAAAACUUGGGAUAUUUGAGAACCUCAACAAGCACGCUUUUCCUCUUUCUAAUGGACAGGCGCUGUUUGCGUUCAACUAUAAAGAGAAGUUUCCAGUUAACGGCUGGAAAGUCUACGACCCAGUGUCUGAAUACAAGAGACAGGGCCUGCCAAAUGAGAGCUGGAAAAUAUCCAAAAUCAACAGUAAUUAUGAGUUCUGUGAUACCUACCCUGCCGUCAUCGUUGUGCCAACGAGCGUGAAAGACGAUGACCUUCUGAAAGUGUCAGCCUUUCGAGCAAAGGGCAGAGUCCCUGUGUUGUCGUGGAUUCAUCCAGAGAGUCAGGCCACAAUUACACGUUGUGGCCAGCCAUUGGUGGGUCCCAACGAUAAACGCUGCAAAGAAGAUGAGAAAUACCUGCAGACCAUCAUGGAUGCCAAUGCGCAGUCACAUAAACUCACUAUCUUCGAUGCCCGGCAGAACAGCGUUGCUGAUACUAACAAGGCAAAGGGCGGCGGAUAUGAAUGUGAAAGCGCUUACCCUAACGCGGAGCUCAUCUUCCUGGAGAUACCCAACAUUCACGUGAUGAGGGAGUCACUCCGUAAGUUGAAGGAGGUUGUGUACCCUGCCAUCGACGAGUCGCACUGGCUGUCCAAUGUGGAUGGGACGCACUGGCUGGAAUACAUACGGGUCCUUCUGGCUGGGGCAGUGAGAAUUGCGGAUAAAAUAGAGUCUGGGAAAACGUCCGUGGUCGUCCACUGCAGUGACGGCUGGGACCGCACGCCCCAGCUCACGUCUCUGGCAAUGCUCAUGUUGGACAGUUACUACCGAACCAUCCCAGGGUUCGAGGCCCUCAUAGAAAAGGAGUGGAUAAGCUUCGGACACAGGUUUGCACUGAGAGUGGGCCACGGUGACGACAACCACGCUGACGCUGACCGGUCGCCUAUAUUUCUCCAGUUCAUUGAUUGUGUUUGGCAGAUGACAAGGCAGUUCCCUUCGGCGUUCGAGUUUAACGAGUUGUUCCUGAUCGCGAUUUUGGAUCACCUGUACAGCUGCCUCUUCGGGACCUUCCUGUGCAACUGCGAGCAGCAGCGUGUCAGAGAGGACGUCUGUGCAAAGACCCUGUCGCUGUGGUCCUACAUCAACAGCCAACUUGACGAAUUCUCCAACCCCUUCUUCGUGAGCUACGACCACCACGUGCUGUAUCCCGUCGCGAGUGUUAGCCGUUUGGAAUUGUGGGUAAAUUACUACGUACGGUGGAACCCGCGGAUGAGGCCGCAGAUGCCGAUCCACCAGAACCUGAAGGAAUUGCUGGCCGUCAAGGCCGAGCUGCGGAAGCGGGUGGAGGACUUGCAGCGGGAGGCGGCCGCGCGGAUCGUCCAGUCUUCCUCUGAGAGGGGCCCCUCGCCGACCCACUCAGCUCCUCCUGUGCACACCUCGGUCUGAUGAACUGAGCCAGCGUCCUGGGCCGUCCUGCUGCUCUCCUAUCUUCCGGUGGCUCAGGGACCCAGCCAUGGACACCAUGGUUCCAGCACCGUCUUAGCUCUUAGGCCCGGAGACCGCAGCACAGCCCAUUGUGCAGCCUGUUCCGGCACUGGAGGUGCAGCAGGUUCCCAAAGACGCACUGAACGCCUGGUUUUCCAGCCUCGCUGCAGGUGAACUGAGUACUCUGCGUUUGGCGGCCUCCCGCCAUGACACUUCUCUAAAGGGGGAAGACUCGAAGAUGGCGCUGGCCUCCCAGCGCCUGUGGAGGUGGCUGGCGCUGACAUCAAAUCACGUCUUCCCUCGCCUGCUGGACGCCCGGAAGUCUCGUUUCUGUCUGUCGCGGUCUCUUCUCAGUGGGAUUACGUCACUUCCUGUCCAUCCUUUAAGGCAGUGCAGCCUGGGUGGAAAGCGAGCGUAGCGUGCUCUUCCUCCGUUUCCCCUCGGACCCAGCCUGGGCUAACUCAGGCUUUUCUCCAGUGAACUCUGCUACUUCAUCCGUCUGCUUCACCGCCGCCAUUUCCAUUUCUGGGCGUCGUCAGGUCCGUCCCAGCUGGAGGUGUGUUUGAAGCUGACCGCGUGGCUGAACUUCAAUUCCCAGACGCCUCUGCGCCCCGGACUCGGCCAACGGUUUCCCAGCGGCCUCACGGGUGAACGGCUGUGAGAGGCUGCUUAGGUCACCGUGUGGCUGAACUAUAAUUCCCAGAGGUCACUCAGUCGUGCACAUCGACCGCCAUUUUCAAAACGUGUUCUUAAAGGUUUUUUUUUUGUUUUUGUUUUUUUUUUACAGCCACGUACAUGGUAAAUAGAUGUUUCAGCCCGGAACCUUCCGGGCAGGACAGGAAACUGCCAGACCGGAAGUUACCGUAGACGUUCGUUCUGGGGAAUUUGGUGAGCUGCGCCCGGGUCUCCAUUUUUAUCAGGAUAAACCGCUGUAUCCGAGGUCGGAGAAGCUGCGAGUUCGGGGUCGGCUUUGGCUGACUUCCGGUACAGCUGGAACCCGGGCUCAAAAAUCAAUGCUGGAUAGCAAAGAAAACGUGAACCCCGAUAUUUUUUCUUCGUAUGCUUUUUAAGGCUGGGGGCGUUGCCCAUCUCUUUCCCCGGAGACGCCGGGUAAUUUCCUGGCAACCCCGUGUGUUGCACAUAGAGCGGACCGUUGGGGUUGGGACAGAAGCGGAGAAGCCAUGGCGGCGGCGGCUACGCGGUGAGGUCGGGUAGCCUGAUGGGUGGCUGUGAACGGGGGAACCCAGGUCCCGGUCCAGCCACGUCCCCCAAGCCGCACCCCGAAAAAUGUCUCGUCUGAGGUACGGUCCCAACCCGCGAAUAAAGCGAUGAUAUUUGCCCCGCCCCCACCCA